GGGUUCCCCUUUGAGACAAGCCCAUAAAUUGAGAAAAGGACAAGACGUGCGGCUUCGCGCCAUGCGCGGGCCGGUCGCACCUCGACAUGUUCACCUUGGCGUUAGUUGCCGAUGACGUCCCCAUAAAGCCGGAGGAUUUCCGAGAUGACCAUCGAGAUCAGCUGAAGAGGCAGAUCCAGCUGCGCUACGUGGACAAGAUUCUGCCUGACGUGGGGCUUUGCAUCGAGUUCUACAAUUUUGUGAACAUCAAGGAUGCGAUCAUCUACCCCGGAGACGGCAAAAUCUCCUGCGGCGAGGCGUUUGUGAAGGUUGAGUUUAACCUCAUCGUCUUCCAGCCCUUCAUCGAUGAAUGGCUUGUGGGGGCCGUGGUGGGCUCCUCGCCCCAGGGCUUGCAGGUGUCCCUAGGCUUCUUCCAGGACGUCGAGAUCCCCUCGGCGAACCUUCGCACGCCCUACAUGUACGACGCCAAGCAAGAGCGCUGGGUCUGGCUGUACCAGGACGAGGAGACCAGGGAGACGAUGAAUUACUUCUACGAGAAGAACGAGCUGAUCCGCUUCCGCGUCACGGGGGUGAACUUUCCGGAUGCUUCGUGGCCCAAGGAGCGGCAGAAGCGGAAGCCUAUGUCCAUCACUGGUGCAGUGGACCGGGAUGGCCUGGGGCUGGUGGAUUGGUGGCCGUGAGUGCCUCGAAGUCCAUAG